GUCAGUAGUCGGCAAAGUCGGCAGCAGUGUCCAGCUAAUUGUGCCGCAGAACCUUCUCUUUUAUUGCGAUUCGGUGUAUACACAUGUAGUUGCAUACAUUAACGUAAUUGUUGGAUUUGUUGGACGUUGAAUUUUUUAUAUUAGGAAUACCAAAAGUAUCGGAGAAUAGUUGCGAUUGCAACACCCGUAGCGAACUCAGUUUGUUAAGAUAGUCACACUGUGAGCGGCGCAUUCAGUUUUAGAAACCCUGCGUUGUAAUCUCUCUUGGCGGUUUGAUAGGAAAACCCAGCUUCAGUUUUUUUCUUUAAGCUCAGCGUAAGCAGCAAGCAAAACAAAACACAUCAAAAUGUCUACAGUCGACAAAGAGGAAUUGGUCCAAAAGGCAAAGUUGGCCGAACAAUCUGAAAGAUACGAUGAUAUGGCUCAGGCUAUGAAAUCAGUCACAGAAACCGGUGUUGAACUGUCAAAUGAGGAAAGAAAUUUACUCUCCGUUGCAUACAAAAAUGUUGUUGGUGCCCGCCGAUCAUCGUGGAGAGUAAUUUCAUCAAUCGAGCAAAAAACUGAAUCCUCCGCCAGAAAACAACAGCUCGCCCGCGAGUACAGAGAACGCGUGGAGAAGGAACUUAGGGAAAUUUGUUACGAAGUUUUGGUAAGUUUUUUUUUUUCGUGUGUAUUUUUUAGAUACUGUUUUCAUGUUUCAGUCAUAAACAAUUAAGUAGUACUGAUUAAA